GGUCCCACUUCGCCAAAACAGAGCCAGCAACCCAAACCUGGCAUUCUUCGAGCUUCGAGCUUCGAUAUUCGAUAUUCGAUAAUACACAAAACUCCACCACAUUGCCAUGUCCGCCGCAGAAUUACUGAAUCCCAAAGCCGAGUCGCGGCGGAGGGGGGAAGCUCUCCAGGUCAACAUCAGUGCUGGUGAGGGUCUUCGGAAUGUCUUGAAGUCAAACCUUGGUCCUCUAGGGACCAUAAAGAUGCUGGUCGAUGGCGCCGGACAGAUCAAAUUAACAAAAGACGGCAACGUCCUACUUCGAGAAAUGCAAAUCACGAAUCCCACAGCAGUAAUGAUCGGACGAGCUGCCACGGCACAAGAUGAUAUCUGCGGAGAUGGAACAACCUCUGUUGUGCUCAUGGUUGGCGAGCUUCUCAAGCAAGCAGAGAGAUACAUCGCUGAGGGAUUACACCCGCGAGUAAUCACCGAUGGAUUCGAGAUAGCCAAAGUUGAGGCCCUGAAGUUCCUCGACUCGUUCAAGCUUCCACGGGAUAUCGACAGAGAACUGCUUCUUAACGUUGCAAGGACAUCUCUCGCUACAAAAUUGAACGCCAGUCUUACAGCAAAACUCUACCCUAACAUUGUCGACGCCGUCCUCGCCAUCUACAAAGCGCCUGCGAAGCCCGAUCUACACAUGGUUGAGAUUAUGAAGAUGCAGCACCGGACUGCAUCUGACACCCAGUUGAUCCGCGGUCUAGUACUCGACCAUGGUGCACGUCACCCGGAUAUGCCCAAGCGGCUCGAGAAUGCCUACAUCCUAACGCUCAACGUCAGCCUCGAAUAUGAGAAGUCGGAGAUUAACUCGGGCUUCUUCUACUCGAGCGCUGAGCAGCGUGACAAGUUGGUAGAGAGUGAGCGACGCUUCGUCGAUGCCAAGUUGAAAAAGAUCGUCGAGCUCAAGAAGGAGGUGUGCGCCGGUAAUGAUAAAAGCUUUGUCGUCAUCAACCAGAAAGGAAUUGACCCCUUAUCGCUCGAUGUCCUUGCGAAGAACGGCAUUUUUGCCCUCCGGAGGGCUAAGAGGCGAAACAUGGAGCGGCUGCAGCUCGUGUGCGGUGGUUCAGCGCAGAACAGCGUUGAGGACUUGUCGCCAGAGGUCCUCGGUUGGGCCGGUCUCGUCUACGAGCAGACUCUGGGCGAAGAGAAGUUCACGUUUGUUGAAGAGGUCAAAGAUCCAAAGUCGGUAACACUCUUGAUCAAGGGGCCAAACCAGCAUACUAUUGCCCAAGUCACAGACGCGGUACGGGACGGCUUGCGCAGCGUUUACAACACUAUUGUUGACAAGAGUGUCGUACCUGGUGCCGGUGCGUUUCAAGUCGCUUGUGCGUCGCACCUCAAGGCCGAUGCAUUCUCGAAAACGGUUAAAGGCAAGGCAAAAUGGGGUGUGGCAGCUUUCGCUGAUGCGCUCUUAAUCAUUCCUAAGACGCUGGCCGCAAACGCUGGUCUCGAUAUCCAGGAUGCCCUCGCUGCUUUGCAGGACGAAUAUGCGGAUGGUAAUGUCGUAGGACUCGAUCUCACAACAGGAGAGCCCAUGUCCCCGGAGUUGGAAGGCGUGUAUGACUCUUUCCGAGUUCUGAGAAAUUGCAUCGCAUCGAGCUCAAGUAUAGCUUCAAACCUGUUGUUGUGCGAUGAAUUGCUAAAGGCACGACAAAUGGGGCGCCAGGGUGGACCGGGCGGAAUGGAUGAUGGCGGAGAAGGGAUGUGAGACGAAUAAUGUGAAAAAGAGAACGACUCUGUCAGUAGUAUCUUGACGCAUAGAUUAAAUGAUACCUGGUAGAUUCCGGAGUCCAGCAAUGGCAUGGUGUUCUUUUUCUUCUAUGUGAAGAGUCUUGAUAAUUCUUGGCCGGCCACGGACCCAUUUGAACUUGUUCGGGGCCCUCUCGCAGAUAUUUCCCUAUUUUCUAUUUUCACAGCAUCACUCCGAAGCAAGAGUACCUUGUGUAACUAGUGAGAGCCAUUAGGCACGUAAGUCGACGUUUGAUACAAUUUAUACUGACGACUUCUAAAAUACGAGUGCGCGGUUGAGAAGGAUAGGUUAGGAUUAGAGUAAAAGCAGUGCUAUCUGUAAUAUAAUUGCCUAAAGACCACCUACCUACCC